GGAGAUUCAGUGAAAUCGAGGCUAGGUCGGGCCCUGGUGCGUGGGGCGGCUCGGAGGGAGCGAGCGAGGAGCGAGCGGGCCUUCCUCAAGACAAGAGCUGAGAGGAGGAAGAAAGGAUGGCUUCCGUGCUCCUGGCGGCCAGGUCACGGAAAUCAUUGACAUUCAAGGACGUGGCUGUGGACUUCACCAAGGAGGAGUGGAGGCAGCUGAACCCUUCUCAGAGAGAUAUGUACAGGGAUGUGAUGUUGGAGAACUAUAAGAACCUCGUCUUCCUGGGGCUUUUAGGUUCUCAACCAGAUGUGAUCUCCCAGCUAGAAAGAGGCGAAGUGCCAUGGAUGCCUGAGGGAGAAGUACCCAGAAGUUCUUAUCUAGAUUCUCUUAUUCAGAAUACUAGGCGUAAAAUCACAGAAUCAGUUCCGAAGCAUGCUGUUUCUCUGGGAGAAACAUCCAAAGAAAUACUCACAAAGGAUAGAUCUUGUAAUGCCAUAUUGGGAGAUGACUGGGAAUGUGAUGUCAAGUUACAGAGGCAGAAGGGUAGCCAGCAAAGAAAGUCUAAGAAAAUGACAGUCAUCCAUGAAAGCAGCAUAUUUGGGAAAAGUCUCAGUUCAGCUUCAUUACCUGUUCCACAGCAGAGAACUGCCUCAGGAAAAAGUUUCCAUGGGUAUGGAGGAAGUGCAAAGACCUCUAAACAGUAUUCGAGCAUUCUCAAAUGUCAUAAAAUCUCUGGCAAGAAACUUUCUAAGUCCAAUAAAUACAGGAAAUCCUUCAGUUACCAUUCAGAUCUUAUUCAAUAUCAUAGAAAACUUACUGGGAAAAAAACAUGUGAAUGUAGUGAAUGUGGGAAGGCGUUUAGCACCAGGUCGUCGCUUAAAGGACAUCUAAGACUUCAUACUGGAGAGAGACCCUUUGUGUGCAGUGAGUGUGGGAAAGCCUUCAUUCAGAGGGCAAAACUGAAUGUACAUAAGAGAAUUCAUACUGGAGAGAAACCCUUUGUUUGUCAUGAGUGUGGAAAAGCUUUCAGAUACUCAAUAAGUCUUACUGAACAUAAGAGAAUUCACACAGGAGAGAAACCUUUUGAAUGUAAAGAGUGUGGGAAAGCCUUCAGACAAAGCUCAGCACUUAGGAGGCAUCAGAUAAUUCAUACUGGGGAGAAACCCUUUGUGUGUAAUCUGUGUGGGAAAGCCUUCAUAGAGAGUGGAAAACUUACUGCACAUAAAAGAAUUCACACAGGUGAGAAGCCAUUUCAAUGUAAAGAAUGUGGAAAGACCUUUAGCUACAUCUCAUCCCUUAGAGAUCAUUGUAGGUUUCAUACUGGAGAAAACCGACAUGAAUGUAAUGAAUGUGGGAAAUCUUUCAGUAGAAGCACAUCACUUAAAGGCCACCAAAAAAUUCAUACAGGUGAGAAACCCUAUGUGUGCAGUGAGUGUGGGAAAGCUUUCAUAGAGAAAGUAAGACUUACUGAACAUAAAAGAAUUCAUACUGGAGAGAAACCCUUUGAAUGCAACGAAUGUGGAAAAGCCUUCAGCCACAGCUCAUCCCUUAGAUAUCAUCGGAGACUUCAUACUGGAGAGAAACGAUACAAGUGCAAUGAGUGUGGGAAAUGCUUCAGUGCAAGUUCAACACUUAGAAAGCAUCAGAGAACUCAUACUGGAGAGAAACCCUUUUCCUGUACUGAGUGUGGGAAAGCCUUCAUAGAACGAGGAAGACUUACAGAACACAUGAGAAUUCAUACUGGAGAGAAACCUUUUGAAUGUAAUGAAUGUGGAAAGGCCUUUAGCUAUACCACUAGUCUUACUGAACAUCAGAGAAUUCAUACAGGAGAGAAACCUUUUGAAUGUAGUGAAUGUGGAAAAGCCUUCAGCCAAAGCUCAACACUUAGGACGCAUCAAUUAACACAUACUGGAGAAAAGUCCUUUGAAUGUAAUGAAUGUAAGAAAGCCUUCAGUAGCCGAUCAUCUUUGAAGCUUCAUUGGAGAAUUCAUACAGGAGAGAAAAAGUUUGAAUGUAGUGAAUGUGGGAAAUCCUUUAUCAGAAGCUCAUCACUUAUGAAACAUCAGAGGAUUCACACAGGAGAAAAACCAUUUGCAUGUAGUGAAUGUGGGAAAGCCUUCAUAGAAAGAGGAAGACUUAAUGAACAUAUGAGAAUUCAUACAGGAGAGAAACCCUUUGAAUGUCAUGAAUGUGGAAAAGCCUUUAGCUACAUAGCGAGUCUUACUGAACACAAGAGAAUUCAUACUGGAGAGAAGCCUCUUGAGUGUAAUGUGUGUGGAAAAGCCUUCCGCCACAGGAUAGGUCUUACAGCUCAUAAGAGAAUUCAUACAGAAGAAAAACCUUUUGAAUGUAAAGAAUGUGGGAAAGCUUUCAGUAAUAGUUCAAACCUUAUGAUGCAUUGGAGGCUUCAUACAGGAGAGAAACCCUUUAAAUGUAAUGAAUGUGGGAAAGCCUUCAGCAAUAGCUCAAACCUUAGGACACAUCAAAGACUUCAUACUGGAGAGAAACCCUUUGAUUGUAAUCAGUGUGGGAAAGCCUUCAGAGAGAAAAGACAACUUACUCUACACAAGAGGAUUCAUACUGGAGAGAAACCCUUUGAAUGUAAUGAAUGUGGGAAAGCCUUCAGUUAUCCAACAAGUCUUACAGAACAUAAGAGAAUUCAUACUGGAGAGAAACCUUUAGAAUGUAAUGAAUGUGGGAAAACCUUCAGUCACAGCUCAUCUUUUAGGAAUCAUAAGAAAUGUCAUAUUAAAGAAUAACAAUAUCUGUGAAACAAAUAGGGGAAACCCCUAGUGACAACUCAUUCCUUUUGUACCUUCAGAAAAUUGAUGUUUUAGAGAAACCAAGGGAAGGUGAUAUGUGAGAAUUUUUUCAGCAAUAGCACAUCCUUUCAGAAAAUUUUCAGAAUUACAAAAAUUACAGAGU